AGUGAUAACUGUCACCCAGUAAGGAUUACCACAAACAAUUUUAAGAAACAUAUCUGGUUUUCUGUGCGAUCUAGUCGUAAAUGUGUUUUAUUCAGUAGAUUAUUGUUCGCAAAGUGUGCGUGCACAUGCACUGGAAAGGCUUGGUGUUUUAGAGAAGUGAGCGCGGUGUGAAAAAGUGUUUUCUUUGUUUGUAGAUUCAUAUCCUUAUAGAACAAAUAAUCACCGCCAGUUUCCCAAUGGCUGAAAACAACUUUCCUCCCCUGCCUGGUUUUGUUCCACUGAAGCCAUGCUUCUACCAGGACUUUGAGGAGAUCCCCGACCAGCACCGCACCAUGUGCAAGAGACUCUACUACUUGUGGAUCUUGUAUUGUGCCACCUUGCUGGUGAAUUUCUUCGGCUGUUUGGCGUGGAUGUUUGGUGGUGGAGGAGUGACUAACUUUGGCAUGUCGAUCAUGUGGGUCAUUCUCUUCACCCCGUGUUCCUAUGUCUGCUGGUUCCGACCCAUUUACAAUGCGUUCAAGACUGACAGUUCGUUCUAUUUCAUGGCUUUCUUCUUUGUCUUCAUGGCACAACUUUUCAUUUCCAUAAUACAAGCCAUUGGUAUUCCAGGAUGGGGCGUCUGCGGCUGGUUGGGCACCAUCUCCUUCUUUGGCACGAGUAUCUUCGCUUCCAUCAUUAUGCUAAUCCCCACGAUCAUGUUCACCGCAGUUGCUGGCAUUUCAUUCAUCGUCCUCACUAAGGUUCAUAACUUCUACCGGGGCAGUGGGGGCAGUUUGAAUAAAGCUCAGGAGGAAUGGGUUUCUGGGGCCUGGAAGAAUCCUCACGUUCAGCAGGCAGCUCAACAGGCAGCUCUGGGGGCCGCCACAGGGGCCAUGCAGGGCCCUCCGUCACCUCAGUACUCCACACCCACUUAUGAUAAUACAGUGUAAUACAGUACGAAUAAUUCAUAAUGAAACAAACAUCUUGUUGGGUUAUGAGACUAUGCAACUGAAAAAUGUCAUUUCUGACACGAACAAUUCUGUCAUCAUUUACUCACCGUCAAGUUGUUCCAAAUCUGUAUGAAUUUUUUUGUUCUGAUGAACACAGAGAAAGAUAUUUGGAAGAAUGCUUGUAACCAAACAGUUCUUGGCCUCCAUUGACUACCAUAAAAGGAUCAAUUACGUUAUAAAUUUCUUUGUUCUGAAGAUAUUUUGAACUUUUGUUGGAAAGCAAAAGUUCUGGGAACAUUUGACUGGGAACAUUGCUUUAUACAUUUCUUUGUUUUGUUGAACACAAAAGAAGAUAUUUUGAAGAAUAUUCUGGGGCACUUUUGACUAUCAUUGUUUUUUCCACUAUGGUAGUCAAUGUGGCCAAAGAACUGUUUGGUUACAAGCAUUCUUCCAAAUAUCUUUCUCUGCGUUCAUCAGAACAAAUCAACUUAUACAGAUUUGGAAAAACUCGAGCGUGAUUAAAUGAUGACAGAAUAUGUAUUUUUGGGUGAACUGUUCCUUUAAGGGAACUUGUGUCAUUUGUGUGACAUUAUAAAAUAUUUUAGUUAGAAGUGUAUGUACUGUAAAUGUUUGUAAACAAGUCAAUAUAAUUUCUAUAGUGAAUGUUUUUUUCUAGUUAUGCUCGUCUUUAAAAUAUUUUUUGCUAGAAUUGGCACUUUGUGAGCACAGUCUAAUUUAGUAAUCAAGUUAUCUGUCAUGAACACCUUGACCCUUAGUCGAAAAGUGAGGGAACCCUAUGCAAGACAGAAUGUAAACAGGCUGUAAAGUGAAUUAAUGUUCAUGUAGUAUAUAAUUUAAUAUGUGUAGUAUCAUUUAUAGAUAUAGUAUUUAGUUUGAGGUACUCAUUUGUCUUUUCGGGGCGACUUGAAAUUAUUUGUUGGUAUAAAUACAGUACUGAAUGUUUAUCUGAACGGAAAAGUAGUACCACAGAUUCAGCUGUUUAAUUUAAAAAGGCAACAUCACAUGCACCAUGUUUUUUGUAAAAUAAUAGUAAAUUGUGCAAGUGCAUUUUAAAGAAAAACGUUUAUUUGUUACAUUUUUUGCGAAACACCAAAAUAUGUUACAAAAUUCAUGACAACAACACUGAAUCAAAUAGAAAGUAAUGAACAUUACAAUUUUACAACAGGACGAAAUAAAACAAGCAAACCAUUGUCUUUUACUGAGCGUCUUGUAUUAAUGUAUGAAAACCCUUCUUUGUCCAGCAGGGUGCAGUGUUGUUCAAUGUUAGGACUGUAGAACACUCUUAUCAACUUUUUAUAGCUUCUCAUUUUCUUCCUUUCCAAACUGGGAUUUCCCUAGAGACAUCACAGAGGGCCCAUAGCCCUGACUUGCAGAUUGCAGUAAGACAACAACACUACGUUGUCGGGAUAAUAACUUUAUUCUCAGUUAGACACAAAUUUAAGCAAGCCCAUUACACCUUGGACAUCUGCCGAGCACAUGCAUGAAUCCAGAUCAGAUGGUUGAACACAAUAAUGUAUUUGUUUCUUUCUCUCUCUUUCUCAGACCGCCGUGUUGUCUCUCACUGCAGAAAGGUUAUAUAAUCAUUCACAUUAGAGUUAGACACACUGAGCAUCCCAGAAGAAAGCAGUGCUACACCACAGCCAUAAACAUCGCUGACGCCCGCCGCCUUAGCAAGAUGAGGGACUCAAUUUGCACUAACACAAAGGCGACGUAAUAAAACUCAGAGAUAGUAUUAUGAAGAUGAACAUAUUUUCCAGCUUCCAACUUAAAUCAAACUGUUUUAUGGAGUAUAACCAAUAAAGUCAACACCAUCACAGUGAAACAUAUGUUGCUUAUAGCACCGACUACUGUGUAUUAUCAAAGUUGUAUGCUGUGAAAGUGCUGUAUAUUACUAAAAGCAAUUUCUCUAGAAAGAUAGAACUACUGUUUGUUAAGCUUAUAGCUCAGGUGGUGGAGCAUUACAUUACCAACGCCAAGGUCAUGAGUUUGAUUAUCAAGGAAGCACAUUGAGUAAUAAACUACAUAACUUGUAAAAACAAAGUUGCUUUAGAUAAUUGGCCUGCCACAGGAAUCAACGUUUGCAGAGGGCAUAGCUGAAGGUUGUCAAAUGGUGGAAAUUGCUUGCAUCACCAUUGAGCUAUUACACCAAAUCGGUCACAUUUACAGCCCAUUAUAUGUGUAAAAAUGCAUAAAUAUUAACUUUAAAAUACAUUUUAUUAUUAAACAAAGUGCCCUGCACAUUAAGCUUACUGCAAAUUUAAAAUUUAAAACAUGAAUAAAAGCUGCAUAGAACACUGAAAAAAUGGCAUUUGUUAUGCAUCCCUAGGUUAAGGGUUAAAGGUUAAAUCCCUCAAAAACUUGUUUUUGCUUUUUUGUGUAAUUCCAUAUUCCACCCAUGCUUCAAUUUUUCAUUGAAAAAAAAGUCUAAUAUUUUAGAUAUGUUAUACAUUUGUUUUCACUCAGUCCUGUUACCCUUACACAUCCUUGUCUCUGAAAGCGUUGCACAAGACAUUCAGAGCAAAACGUUAUGAAGGUCAUGUGAAGAACAGAAGUUAAUUUUCUCAUUUUCUUUUUUGUAUAUUUUGUGAUAUUUAAUAUGACUGGAGAGGGUCAAUCUAAAAAUACAGUCUAGUUACCUAUAUUAUUUCUUGGAAGUUAUUUGGUUUUUUUUACUAAUAGCAUGUUCGCCAUGUGGCUAUAUUUCAUGUAUUUGUUAAUAUUCUGCUAAAAACUCAGUCCUGUUACAAAAGUGCCUCUGUGAUCCAUCUUUCAUUUAAAAACAACAUAAAAAAUGAAAUAGGAAAAAAUAUUUUGAAGAAUGUUGUUAACUGAACAACUUGCAUUGUUUUUGUGUCUGUUCAAUACAAGUGAAUGGGUUACCAAUAUUCUUUAAAAUAUCUUCUUUUUUGUUCUCCAGAAGAAAGUCAUACAGGUUUGGAAUGACAAGAAAUUACUUCUGCAGUGUUCAAAUAAUAUAUUUUGAAGAAUGUUGGUAACCAAACAACAUCGGCCCCCUUUGAUCUCCAUUGUAAGGAUAGAAAAUAUUUUGUGCUCCACAGAAAAAAAGAGUCAUAUGCGGUUUGUGAAUGACGUGAAGGUGAAUAAAUUUUGACAGAUUUCAAUUUUGGGUGAACUUUGCCUUAAACAUCUAUUUUGACAUCCUUUGGUAUCCAAAUUCAAUUAUUCAAGUGCAAGGGCCCUUGUAAAUUCCCUAUUGUGGAAUCCCAGAACACAGCACAGUGCAUUGUAUUUUAUUGACUUUUUUUUUAAACAUUGUAAAAUAUAAAUGUAUCUUAUCAGUUGGCCAAGUGACAGCAUAUACUUUUUCUUUAAAGAGCAGUUUCUUGGCUUUCGAGAAAGCCGUUAGACAUUCUGUAUAAUAUUCUUGACUCAGGCGUGGACGCAUGAUAAAGCAGAGUGGUUGGGACAUGACUUCAUCCCUCUGUUUUGGUUUUUGGGUCACCAUGGCAAACGUGAGGAUUCAGACCACAGCUGGCCAUUCCAGAAUAUUACGUGUACCACCUAAAAUGAACAGUCAUUACUCAAAGAAACUACAUUUUAUUCUGGAAUGACUGGGUUGCCCCUCACGACUUUACUUAUGUGAUUAACAUGAUCGUGGUAAAACAUGGUAAACAUGGUUUUGGGUUGUGAUCAGGGUACGGAGAGGUCAGAUAUAGGGGAGGAAGGGCAAACAUUGAGUGUAGUGGCAGGAAUAGGUGGGGCGACGGGGUACACAGAGGGAGUCAGUUCUCCAUCCCAGAGCCCAGGGAACACAGAGGGGCUUUAUAUUCUCUCACUCAAGGGUUAGAGAGGUUUAUCCUUGUGUUAUGAAAACACAUGCACACUUACAAACUCUCUUUAACACAACCAUAUGACUGUGAAGUGUGCUCAGUAUGAAUGUUGUUAUGUUGUUUUCGGUUUACAUGUCUAAUGCACCCUGUCUUGAUUUACCUUUUUUGGAAUUUUCUUUCAUGUUGCGAUUUACACACUCUUGGGGUCACAAGUUGACAUAAAC